GUUAACCACCAUAUAAACUGUAGUGAAUCGUAUAUUGCUAGAAGUUAAAACUGAUACAUUCAGAGAUAAAAUGACGGACACUAGUUCAGACGUAAUAUACGAUUAUUGCUGCAAUGCCUGCGAGGAAGACAAUGCCAACAGGGAGGCGAUGUUCUACUGCCAGCCAUGUUCAAAAAGAUACUGUGAUAAAUGCAUCGAACAGCACAAUGUUCUAUUUAAGAAACACAAAUCAUUCGGAAGAAAGGAACUGGAUAAGUGGCCCGCUGCCAAGACCGCAAUGGAUCUCCUGCAGAACUGUCAACAACACCCCUAUCACCGCAUUGAGCUUUUCUGUGAAGAUCACAUGACACUAUGUUGUGUUUUGUGUCACCUUUACGAUCAUAAACAGUGCAACAAGAUAACGCAGACAGCGGAAAAGGCAAAGACGAUGAAUCAGUCAGAUUUUCAGCGAUUAGCCACAACCCUUGUCUCGGAACAGCAGAUAUUGGGUAAAGAAAUCGACAUGGCUAACGAAUGCCUGCAGACACUUCAUGAGGCACGUGAUAGAGCGCACAAAGAAAUACAACUAUUUCGCAAAACAUUUAACGACUUGUUGGACCACCUUGAGGGGAAUACUGUACAGACUCUGGACACUUUGCAUAAUACAUUAGGAAACGUUAUAAAAUCCGGCAUAUGGAAAUGUUCAAAGCUUAAGGAAGACUUCAAAAGUAUGCAGGAAGCAAUUAAAGAUGUCGAUUGCGGAAAGCCAAACGUACAGAUAUUUAUUGCACAUUCUAAAAUUACCGAAAUGGUUUCAAACAGGCACACAUUAUUAAAGAAAAUAUCUGCCAACCGAAAUGUUGACAUGACUUUUCAAGGUAAUCCUGAUGUUGGACAAUAUCUAUCAGGCCUCAGUGUCGUUGGAAAUGUUGAAGGUUCAAAUCGAGUUUCAGGAAAAUGUUUAUCAGGCGAGAUAGCGAAGUGUAAAGAGGUAAUGAUUCGCAGUGUCAAACUAGUAUCCGAUAAGAACACUUGUGAUAUACGUAGCAUAAUUGAACUACCUAGCGGAGAGGUCCUUAUGACGGAUUGGAACAACAAAAGAAUGAAGCUGAUUGAUAUGCAAUACAAAGUUGUCGCUCACACAGACUUACCCAACUCUCCAUGUGACAUAUGCAGCAUCAGUUCUACUGAGUUCGCUGUUACAUAUUAUACAGCAAGCAUGAUCCAGUUCCUCACUGUCAAUAACAGUCAGAUAGUGGUUGGCAGGACACUUAAAUUCGAACAUGACUGUAUUGGAAUCGCAUAUUAUAAAGGGACUGUGUUUGUAACAUCAAGUACUGCCUUGUAUCAAUACCGAUUGGACGGUCAGCUUGUAAAGAAGAUCUACGAAGAUAAUUCAGUAGCAGACGCAGUGUACAAGUGUGCAGUGAGUGGAUCACUGCUGUAUGUGACCAGCUUCAAACACGACAAGCUCCUAACAAUGUCUAUGGAUGGGACUAUCCUAAUAUCCUUCAAAGAUCCUGCACUUCGUGGUCUUUCAGCUGUUCACAUGUCAGAGUCAGGUCUGCUGCUGGUCUGUGGGUACGAUUCACACAAUUUGGUACUAGUGUACGGUGUGCGAGGAUUGUUAACUCUGGCUUCCGAGAAGGACGGUUUGUUUCAUCCAGAGUCUGUAUUCUACAGUGAACGUUCUGACAGGCUGAUUGUUGGGAACAAAAGUGACAACAUCCUGGUGAUACGCACAACGGUUUCGGAACAUUACAAGACUUUUGUCCGGGAGCGCGGCGCUGAUCGCCUUGGCUUCUCAAUCGUGGGAGGUCAUGGCAGUCCGAUUGGUGACCUUCCGAUUUAUGUGGCAAACAUUACAAAGGGGACAGAGGCAGAGAACGGCCAAUUAAAACGCGGCGAUCAGAUUUUGUCAGUGAACGGGGCCAGUUUGGAGGGGCUGACGCAUGAUGAAGCAGUUAAUAUUCUGAAAAAUGCAAAAGGUUCUGUGAUAAUGAAUGUGUUGUCCUAUCAGCUGCAACUGGUGUAACCCUAUAUCACCAUAGCAACCAAUGGUGAAAGAUGUUUUAUGGAACAACCUAAAACAUUCUGUUGAUGUACAUCAUUCGGUACUUUUCUGCAGUUUCGCAUUUAUUGUCUCCAAGUUUUCUGGUAUAAUUGAAUUCCUGUAAUCGUUUUAUUUGAUUUUAAUAUCUGAAAUAACUUAUU